UUUCUCAUCUCAUCUUUUUCCUUCUGUUUUAUGUUUCUAAUUGACAAUUCUUGUUUUGUUGGUUGUGUUUUGGUACUGGAAGAUGGAGCGCGGCAAAAGUAGCUUGCAAGGAGUUGGAGUUCCUAGCUUGCAAGGAGUUGGAGUUCCUAGCGGAGUUGUAGAUCAAGGAGUGAGUCAAGGAGCAGCUGCUGGUACUGCACUCCCUCCACUUCGAAAAAGGAAACUUAAUGCUAGUGGUAGUAGAAAAACUUCUACGGUUUGGGAAGAGUUUAACAUUUUACCGGAUGAGCCUGAACCUAUAGCCGCGUGUAAACACUGUCAUAAAAGGUACCGAUGUGACCCUAAAAUAUAUGGUACUUCUAACAUGCUAGCUCACUCGAAAGUGUGUUACAAAAACCCUGCCCUUUUGUUGAAAGACCCCAAUCAGACAAACCUUGUAAGCGGCGAGGGUGGGUUUUUAGUUCCAACUAGUCAAAGGUUUAAUGCUGCAGCCUGUAGGAAGGCCAUUAAUACCUUUGUUAUCCUUGAUGAACAUUCCUUUAGAGUGGUUGAGGGUGUUGGUUUUAAGCAAAUGUGUAAACAAUUGCAACCCCAAAUGGCUAUCCCUACUAGGAGAACCGUUGCUAGGGAUUGUUUUCAGCUUUACCUAGCUGAAAAACUGUUGGACUUCGAUACAAAACCUUAG